AUGUCAGACGAGACACCCUCUCCCCCUCUUCCCCCUCCGCCAUAUUCGGCGGUACAGCAACCGCAAAUGUCGCCGCAUACCCAUGGGCCCUCGAGGGUGUACGUGCCGAACCUAAUGGGAAUUCUCCGACACGUUCAUUUACUUCACCCGGAUGUGUCAAGAGUUGAGCUUCAGCUAGAAAUGGAGUCCAUGAAGAGAUGGUGGGCGAGGUCGAUUGCGCCUGCACGUGUCCAGUGCUUUGGUGCAAUUCACCCGACUUACGCGAACGACUUUCAAGACUUCUUUGCGGAUUGCCAGAUUUGGCAUAAGUACAUUUGCCCUGACGCUUCGGGCCACACUACUGAGCAGCUUAGGCACCGUUUGACUGCCUCUGAGAACGAAAAUCGGCACCUCUCAAGGAAAAUCGACAGGUUGCACGAGGAAAUCGAGGAGCACGAACAGGCCUUGGCUGAGAAAAAUGCGAUUGCGACCGCAUACAACCAAGUCAUCAGUGGACUGAAGGAAGAGGUCAAGCAAGCCGAGAUUGCCAAGGAAGUCACGGAGCAGACGAUGGCGAGCAAGGUCGCGGCUUUGGAAGCCAAGCUCAGGCAGGUUACGGAGGAAAGUACCGCCCAGCUGAAGGCGGAAAUUGCGCAUCAACAGGUCCUAGCAGCUGAACUGAAGAAGUUCAAAGACGACAGUGCUGCGGAGAAAGUCAAACUCUCCAACAAGAUCACAAACCUAGAGGCCCAGAACGAGCAACUGCUCAACAAGAAAGUCAAAGACCAGGGGCAGGGGCAGGUCACAACCCCGAUGCUCAGGUUUGCAUCAAUCGACGAGACCCUCGCCAAAGUCGAGGCACAACAACGCACGCGAGUGCACAAGAUCGGCAAGGAGAUAGAAGAGAUCGAGGUUCACGAUGAGGGCGAGACCGGCGACGAAGAAAGCUCUGGAUCCGACAAGAUGACAUAUGCCGAGCUCGAGCUCGAGUGCCGCCGGCUGAGCGACCUCGUCGAUCGUCGCAACUUGGAGACGGGUCAGCUCCACGUCAGAACCCAGAACCUUGAGCGUCGUACCAGAGAAGUCGAGGAGAAGGGUCGCGCGCUGGAAGCCAAGGAAGAGGGCACGAAGAAGGGCCUCGCCGCCAUACUUACCAAGUCCAAGCAAGUGAGUCGCGUGGGAAAAGUGGUUCGUGAGCUGGUAAAGGAGGGCAGUGUUCCGGCGGCAAGCGAUCUGCUUGCAAGCAUGUUGGGGGAUCUGAAGCAGGUUGUAAAGAAAUUUGAGGAGGACGUGGGUCAGGGCGGCCAGGGGUUCAACGUGGGAGUGGGAGCUGAUGAAUGGUUGUGGGAAGAUCCUUACAAUGUCUGA